AUGCCGAGCUCAAUGCUGACACGGAAAUCUGUACAAGAGAGCAAGCAGUUGAAGGGCGGAAGUCUGCGCUGUGGCUCUGACGCCAAGAGCUUACUUGCUUUAAUUGGCUACUAUUUAGCUACUGUUGCCAUCGGAUAUGCCGUUGAUCUUUUACCAGACAUCGAGGAAUGCACCGGUGCCGGGGACAUUCGUCUUAGACAGUGA